UAAUUACUUUAUAAAAGCUUAAUUGCAGACUGUCUGUACAAAUAUAUUCGACUUUCGAUCAAAUUUAUUUAAUCUUUUUCUUUAUAAUUGGUGAUUUUUGUACUCGUAUUCGUCACAGUUUGUAAAUUGUUACUACAAUUAAAUUUAACCUCCAGACGAAUUCCUUUCUUUACGGCAGGUUACUUGGGUUGUGGCUUGGUAGAGGCCCGCGUUCUAGAGAUUUGUAGGCUGACACUUUGAAGUUUGAAGAUGCAGAGGGAAGAAAAACAAAUGGAAACGGCUCUAGAGUCGAUAUCCAUGAAAGUAAACGAUUUGAAAAAUUCAAUAGGUGCUAUGAUAUUCAAGUUGGAGAACGAAAGUGAAAAUCUCAAUUGGCCAACGUUUUUGGACAAUUUCGCUCUUCUGUCUGGACAGUUGGUAUCUUUAUCAAAAAUGUUAGGACAUGAUAAAUGCCCUUCGUUGAGAAACUUGACAGUGCUACCAAUUCUUUUGAGCCCCGAGAGAGACGAACAGCUUCUCCGGAUAACCGAACACCGUGUGCCCACGUUUUCCCAUGACCUCGUCCCCGAUUACCUCAGGACGAAGUCAGAGCCGGAGGUCGAACAAAAGAUGCUCCAGCUCGAGCACAAGGCGACUAGCUUGUCUUUUGAGACAGUACAGAAGCAGAUGGGCGCUUACAGCAAAGUGAUCGGACACGUUUGGGAGUUAGUGUCGAAAGCGAGAGAGGAAUGGGAGACAGACAGUACUUCCAGGGCAGGACCAACGAUCACAUCGUCGCUCGCUGAUACGCAUACGCUGGUCGCUGCCAUUGCCAUGGGCAAAGGCCUUAAAGGUAUCGGGCAAGGACCUGUACCUCCAAACAUGAUUGGACCUCCUGGAAGAGCAGUAGGCGGAGCUCCUCUUCCUGCCACUCAAAUACCAUCUCAAAUGGGCCCUAUGGGAAAAGUUGCAAGUGGAAUUAAAACUAAUAUCAAAGCUGCGAGUCAGAUGCAUCCUUAUGCCAGAUAAUUUUUAUACAAAUCAUUUUUAUAUAGCGUUAAUUUUAUCAUAUACAUGUAUAUAUUAUUGGAAUAAAU